AUGGACAGCAGACUGUUGGAUCACAACAAGAUUAUCAUGAGCUUGAAUGUGGAGGUCGGCCAGCAGUGCGUUAGGAUGGUUAAAUCCAGUGGUGACAUCAUCCAAAAGCACCAUGUUAGUUUUCACUUGUACACUGCAGGGUCCUACUGCCUGGGAGCUGAGACCUGCACCACGGGGAAACCGUGGAAAUGUGGGGACUGUGGGAAGGGAUUCAUUUGCCCAUCCCAGCUGGAAGCUCAUCGACGCACUCACACAGGGGAGAGACCGUACACCUGCUCCGUGUGUGGGAAGGGAUUCACUCUGAUGUCCAGCCUUCAGUUACACCAGCGAGUUCACACUGACGAGAGGCCUUUUAAAUGCUCUGACUGUGGGAAAAGCUUUAAAAUCUCACCGGAUCUAAUUAAACACCAGCUUGUUCACACUGAUGAGAGACCGUUCAGUUGUUCUCAAUGUGAGAAGAGAUUCAGACAGUCGUCUCACCUCAUUCAACACCAGCGAGUUCACACCGGGGAGAGGCCGUACACCUGCUCCGUGUGUGGGAAGGGAUUUAAUUCAUCAUCCAACCUGGUGACACAUCAGCGGGUUCACACAGGGGAGAAGAUAUUCACCUGCUCUUUGUGUGGGAAGGGGUUUUCUCAGUCAUCGAACCUGCUGAGACACCAGCAAGUUCACACUGGGGAGAGGCCAUUCACCUGCUCUGUGUGUGGUAAGAGAUUUUCUCGAUCGUCUCACUUGCUGACACACCAGCGAGUUCACAACGGGGAUCAGUGCGUAUGCGGGGUCAUGUUGACGAGUCAGAGAAUGGGCGGGGCUUCGGGCUUCCAGUUAAGCGGAGAGAAAAUGAUUGAUUUUAUUUCCAACCUGGAGAGACACAAGGACACAGGUACCAUGGAGAAACCAUGGAAAUGUGAGGACUGCGGGAAGGGAUUCAACUAUCCAUCCCGGCUGGAAUACCAUCGACACAGUCACACUGGGGAGAGGCCAUGGAAAUGUGAGGACUGUGGUAAAGGAUUCAAUUCUCGAUACCAGCUAGAAAACCAUCAACGCAGUCACACUGGGGAGAGGCCGUUCACCUGUUCCGUGUGUGGAAAGGGAUUUACUCAGUCAGCCUGUCUCAUGUCCCACCAGCGAAGUCACACUGAGGAGAGACCAUUCAGCUGCACUUCCUGUGGAAAGAGCUUCAGGCAUUCAUCCCAUCUCAGUAAACACCAGCGAAUUCACACUGGAGAGAGAUUGUUCACCUGCUCUGUGUGUGGGAAGAGAUUCACUGUCUCCUCUGACCUGCUGAAACACCAGCGAAUUCAUACAGGGGAGAGGCCAUUCACUUGCUCAGUAUGUGGGAAGGGAUUCACUCAGUCAGCCAACCUGGUGGUACACCAGCGAAUUCACACUGAGGAGAGGCCUUUCAGUUGCACUUACUGUGGAAAAAGAUUAAGAUCAUCAUCCGAACUCACGGCACACCAGCGAGUUCACACUGGGGAGAAACCAUUCACCUGCUCUGUGUGUGGGAAGGGAUUCUCCCAGUCAUCCCACUGCCUGAUACACCAGCGAGUUCACACUGAGGAGAGGCCAUUCAGCUGCACUUCUUGUGGAAAGAGAUUCAGGCAUGCAGGCAACCUCAAAGCACACCAGCGAGUUCACACUGGGGAGAAACCGUUCACCUGCUCUGUGUGUGGGAAGGGAUUCCAUUGGUCAUCCAGCCUGUUGAUGCAUCAGCGAGUUCAUAAAUGACAGCAAAGAUUGGAUUCUGCAGUUAUUGCUGCUGUUAAUCACAUCCAGGAUUGAUAGUCUGACAAUAUAUGGCUUGUUUCUAUAAUUAACAAUCCCUAGAACUGGCUGGAGUUUAACAUUCUGGAGAUGUCACUGAUAUUCGGGGCUGCAGUGUCCCUUUUUAAAAGCACCAUCUGUGAACUUUCCCCUUAAUUCCAGAACUCUCAAAAGGAACUCAUUUACAAUAAAAUUAUGAACAUUUACUUCAACCCUAACUUGAUCUUUGGUGCAAAAUCUAAAAUUCAGUGUCUGAAAAGCUCCACUGAUUAACAUUUCCAAUUAGAAAGUGCUGAUUAAUCCUUGUUGACAAUUCUUACUGACUUACACGUUCUUCACAGUAGCACCUCCAUUAUGAAUUUAAGUUUUGAAGGAACAUCAAACAAGACAGUAAAAAUAUUUUACAGGCACAUCAAGAAAAGCUUCAUCAAUCAACAUUGAUAUUGAUGAAGUUUGGAAGUUGCUGAUUUCAAUAAUUUCUGACACAGCAGCAGCAACAUUUGGUAAAGGUGGAACCCACAACAAAGACUGGUUUGAGACCCAACAGUUAGAACACUGCAUGACUUAAAGUUAUCCAAGACAGUCAUGCAAAAGGCAGGGAGAUACUGUGCAAAUAAACACUGGAAUAGCCGACACCAAGAAAUCCAAACUGCCUGUGACAGUGGAAAUCUAUGUGCAGUGCAUGAUGGGAUCAAGAGGGCGCUUGGUCUGACCAUCACCAAAGUUGCCCCCCUGAAAUCGACAGAUGGUGAAGUAUUCACCGACAGAAGUAAACAGAUGUCCUGCUGGGCUGAACAUUACUCUGAGCUGUACCCAGUGAGACAGAAAUCUUCCAGUCUCUGUUUGACUCUCUCCUGCAGCUUCCUGUCAGGGUUGAGUUAGAUGCGAAUCCUCAUCACUUGAGCUGAAAAAGGCCAUUUAUUGUUCAGCAAGCAGUAAGGCACCUGGGAAGGAUGGAAUUCCAGCUGAACUACUGAAGCACGGAAAGUCCCAUCUACUGCCACAAUGUCAUGACCUCCUUCUCUGUUGGGAAGUAGGAUCUGUUCCACAGGACACGUGUGACACAAAAAUCAUCACAAUAAACAAAAGCAAAGGUGACAGAGGAGAUUGCAAGAACUACAGCGGCCUCUCACUCCUUAGUGUCACAAGGAAGAUUUUCACUAGCAUCAUGCUUAAAAGGGGGUGGGGGGGUGGGCAAUGACGUAAUGGUAUUGUUGCUGGACUAGUGACCAGGGUAAUGCUCUGGGGACCUGGGUUUGAAUCCUG